GUCAGAGGGCUAAUGAUGGACAGUAAUUUAGAGCGUUGAAUUUGCAUCCGAUAUAUGACGAACCAUUGAUAUUAACCAUUCUUAUUCAGUUAGUGACCUUGAUUUGACGUUGUAUAUGGAGGUGUCCUCCAGUUACCCAACAAAGUGGGAUAAGUUAGUUUUUUUUUUCGGAAUAGCGAUGUAUCAUUUUUGUGAAACCGAUCGCUUCUGCGCUUUAAACAGUCAUACAAAAUGCAAAUGUCCUAAUUCAUGUUGGCACGUCUGCGGAUAAAAUGGGCACCGAGUCGAGUUAUUUGUACUUCCCGAAAUAUCAUCUGCCUGACUUGGUCUUGGAAUCUCAUUUUCAGUAUAUAGAUUUGUGAUAUUCUUUGAUUGCAGUAAAAGAUCUUCAGCUGACAUUUCUACGUAAAUUACAACGGAUCAUCUCGUUAAGCGCAAGCCCCCAUGCCUUUACUUACGAGAUGCUUGAAUAACAAAUGAUUUCACAAAUUAAAGAAAUAAAAUCUGCCCAGACGAUUCCAAACUUUUAUCGAUCCUGGCCUGAUGUCCACUGAGUAUAUCCGGCAUUUUACUUUGAAUAAAUACCCGGACAAUCUCAGAAUCAUCCAUUAUUGGCAAUAGGAACGAGAGAUUUGUAAAUAAAAAUGCCCAUAUCAGUGAAGAUCGUUUGUUGAGAACGCAUAAACCAUUCAUGGUCCAUUUUAUUGGUCGUUAAGGGUCUUCACACUACUCUGUGAUUUAGCCAGGCGGAGCCACAAAACUUUAACCUUGAUACUUAUUUUUGUUACUUUUUUUCUUUUCAAAAUGGGGUGCACCAUGAGUUGCCAGGGCCAAGUGCCUAAGCUAAUCGACGCAGAGAACGCAGUCUGCCCGUUUGCCCUCAAGCACGGGAAAGGAAAUUCCGUGGAACAUGGAGACAAUGUGGUUCCGGUAGAAUCCUCUCCGGGAGACAAUAAGUUAGUGACGGAAAACUCCAGGAAUAAGUUGAACAAAGACGAUAAGAAAGAAGUCUGUGAUGCUACAAAAGAUCGUGAUGUUAAUGAAUCCGGGAAAGUCCCUUCCUUCGGGAACACUAGUAAUCCGGGCAUCUGUGACUCCCCUAAACGGAAGACCAGUACCCUCUCUACUGUCUCCACGGCCAGUUCCGUGGGGUCGGAAGACAAUGAGUUGUCAGAAAAGAAAGUGGACUUGAUCGGGCUGAUAGAGAGUGUCGGGACAUUACUGCUUCCAACGACUGGAUUUGUUUGUCGAGCCGUUCAAAUAUUGAUGACGUCAUGUGACCAAGAUAUUCAAAAUAAAAUGAGGGAUGAUACGGGUGAGAAUGAUGUCAAGUUCACCACAGCUUUCAACGAAGAGAAUAGACACACUCCAUUGGAACAGGACGAACUUCUUGCAUUCUCCACCCACGUGGCUAAAUUCUCAGACAAACUGGACCAACGAACAACUCUUUGCCGACUUGGAGAAGAGUACGCCAAAUUGUGUUUAUCCGAAUACCGCCGGUCCUUGAGUGUUCUGGGUAGCAAUAUGGUGGAAUUCUUCAGUAAUCUGGACGGAUUUCAUUACCAUAUUCUUAAGUCUUCCAAAUUUAACGCACAACGACCGCCGUCAUUUCGGUGUGAAAGUAGUCCCAACAAUGUUACUUUGCACAUCUACACCGAGAGAUCAAUGAUGUUGGAUUACUACGCGGGUAUUGUUAGUUAUGUGUCUAAUUCUAUGUUUAACCUGAAUGUCAAGGUUACGGUCCAUCCAAAUGAGACCAACACCUCUCUCCACCAUAUCAUGAACGUAGAAACCUCCACCAAAACAUGCGCCAAAAAGUGCACGUGCUGUAAGAUAUGUUCCCAUCAUUCGUCAUACUCCAACGACCCGGAAGACCUACGUAUAGGCUUUGACACUUUCUGUGAAACAUUCCCUUUUCAUCUGAUCAUGAACAGAAACUUAGAAAUUAGUCAGCUCGGAUCAGCGUUAAUGAAGAUUGUGCGAUCUGACGCGGAUUCCAAAGACUUAAUCUUCAGCAGGUUAUUCAAUGUUAUUAGACCCGAGAUCAAACAACUGACGUUUUCUGCGUUGCUAUCACGUGUCAAUUUUGCCUUCCUGCUAGAGACCAAGAUCUGCCCCAGUGACAUCCAUUCUGUCCAUAAGGGCACGAUGCUGAAGGGACAGUUGAUUUUCCUCGCAGAAUCUGAUUCCUUGAUGUUCCUCGGAUCUCCAAGUAUAGAGAAGUUGGACGAACUCAUCUCGAAGGGUUUAUAUAUCUCGGAUGUCCCCAUUCAUGACGCGACACGUGACGUCAUUCUAGUUGGAGAACAAACAAAAGCACAGGAUGGGCUAACAAAGAGAAUGGAACAGAUUAAGAAGAGUAUCUUGGAGGGGAGUGAAGCUGUAAAGGUGGAGAAACACAAGAAUGUAGAGCUGUUAAACAUGAUCUUCCCUGAAGCUAUCGCCAUGAAGCUCUGGAGAGGGGAGCCUAUCCAGCCAACCAAAGUAGAUGACGUCACUAUGCUGUUUAGCGACAUAGUGGGAUUUACCGCCAUCUGUGCUACGUGUACUCCAAUGAUGGUAGUCAACAUGCUGAAUUCUCUCUACACACAGUUUGAUCACUAUUGUGGAAUGCUGGAUGUAUACAAGGUUGAGACAAUCGGGGAUGCGUACUGUGUUGCUGGUGGGCUACACCGGAAGUCCAAAUAUCAUGCGCAGCAAAUCGCAUGGAUGGGUUUAAAAAUGAUGGAGACAGCAAAAAAUGAAUUGUCCCAUGACGGGAAUGUUAUUAGGAUGAGGAUAGGAAUCCACACUGGGUCCGUUUUGGCGGGAGUUGUCGGAGCACGCAUGCCCAGAUAUUGCUUGUUUGGCAACAACGUAAACCUUGCCAACAAAUUUGAGUCCGGAAGUGAGCCCACCAAGAUAAAUAUAAGUCCGACGACGUAUGGAUGUAUAAAAGAUAUUGAGGGGUUUAAAUUCACCCCGAGGACAAGAGAAGAUUUGCCAUCAGGAUUUCCGCCGGAAAUAGAGGAAGUGUGCUAUUUUCUGGACGGUUACGAACAUCCAAAUUUUGCCGGAUGUGACGACACAGAAUUUGAUCAUAUAGAUAUUGCAUUACAAGAACUGAAUCUGGCAAAGGAAGUGACGUAGUAAAAAAAAAAGAUUUUGGGUUGAAAUAUGCCGUCCGAUUUUUGUUUUUUGUAUUUAUUGACAUACAGUUGUAUUUACGUUUUUAUGAUAUUUAUCAUGGUUAGACGAUUGAUUAAUAUAUUUAACAGUUACUAACUUAUUUGUUGAUUUUUAACUAUUUUAAGUGUUAGUUUUAAAUAAUUUAUGUAUUUGUCCUGUACAUGUUUGUGUAUUGAAACAUGUUUUUAUUACCUUAAUAAAUAUUUUAAACUUCGAA